AUGACUUCCGCGCCCCCUAACGGCUCCCUCCUGCACGACCCAGAGGCCUUUGCACUCAGUUGGAUGGACCCGGCCUCCCCGGCCGGCUGCUCCAUCACAGGCCCCGCCCCUCUGUGCCCGCACGACAGGGAAGGCCGAUAUCAGUCGCUGGCCUUCUGCGGGCUGCUGGGCGCCCGGGACGGGCCCUUCCAGGCCUGUGAUGAGCCGGCCGAGGCCCGGGUCCACGUGGAGAACUGUGUCCACGACCUCUGCGCCACCGGGGGCUCGCGGCAGGUGCUGUGCGAGGUGCUGGGGAGCUACGCCCAGCAGUGCCAGAGGCACGGCCUCCCGGUGCAGCCCUGGAGACACCUGGUGGACUGCGAGCCGGCCUGCCCGCCCCACAGCCACUACGAGCUCUGCGGCUCCUCCUGCCCCAGCUCCUGUGCGGAGCCCGCCCUGCCCGACAGCUGCCCCACGCCGUGCCAGGAGGGCUGCCAGUGCGACGCCGGCUUCGUGCUCAGCGGCACCGACUGCGUGUCUCCCAGCCAGUGCGGCUGCUCCGCGGGCGGCCGGUACCACCCGGCCGGGGAGGCCUUCUGGGCUGGGGAGCGCUGUGAGCGCUUCUGCCGCUGCGAGGCUUCCAGCCACGCCGUGCACUGCUCCCCUGCCUCCUGCGGGCCUGGGCAGAGAUGUGGGAACCGCAGGGGCAUCUUCGGGUGCCACCCGCUGUCCCCUGGCACCUGCCACGCAGCCGGGCACUCGGGCAUCAUCACCUUCGACGGGAGGGCCGUGGAGCUGCCCAGCACCUGUGCUUCUGUCUUUGCCGAGUCCUGUGGCGCCCCCGGCUCCCUGCCCUUCUUCAGAGUGGAACUGGGAAAGGAGAACAGGUCGCACAGCCCCCUGACACUCAUCUCAGAGGUGUCCAUCCAGGUCAACGGGACCCAGGUGCACCUGCAGAGGGCCAGCCCUGGCAUGGCGCAGGUGAACGGCGAGACGACGGCGCUGCCCGCGAGCUUGGCCGGCGGCAGCCUGGACGUGCACUGGAACGGCCUCUCCUUCGUGCUGCUCUCGGACUUCGGCCUGUGGCUCAGCACGGAUGCCACCUACAGCCUCACGCUCACCGUGCCCCGGCUCUACGAGGGGCACACCUGCGGGCUCUGCGGCAGCCUCGCCGGCGCCCCCGAGGCCCGCGACCCCUCGGAGCAGCGCAGCGGGUCCUGCGCCGGCGACUGCGCGGCCGCCUGCGCCGUCUGCGAGGACCCGGGGCAGAUCGUGGCCGCCAGGAGGCGCUGCUGGCUGCUGCGCGAGCCCCGGGGGCCCUUCGGCCCCUGCCACGCCGAGGUGGACCCAGGCCCGUACGUGUCCAGCUGCGUCAGGGAUCUGUGUCUGGCGGAGGGCAGCGACCGCAUCCUCUGCUCGGCCCUGCAGUCGUACGCCGCCGUCUGCCAGGGCGCCAACGUCACCCUCGGCGACUGGAGGAAUUCCUCCUUCUGCGCGCCCCAGUGUCCCCAGCACAGCCGCUACCAGCUCUGCCUGGACCCCAGCCAGGCGCGGCUCUGCAUCCCCGCGCCGCUGCACAGGCUCGGCGGCCGCCCCGGCUGCACGGAGGGCUGCGCCUGCGAUGACGCGCACCUGUGGGCCAGGGCCGAGUGCGUGACCCCGGAGCAGUGUGGCUGCGUGCACGGCGGCCGCGUGUACCAGGUAGGAGACCUGGUCUGGAUGAGCCGGUGCACCCGCCGGUGCAGCUGUGACGCACCUGGGCACUUCCGCUGCAGCCCAGCCCGCUGCCCUGCCGGGGAGAUCUGCGCCGUGCGGGGCGGCCGGCUGGGCUGCCAGAGCCCGCUGGGCACCUGCGUGGUCACCGGAGACCCCCAUUACUUCACCUUCGACGGGGCCAUCACCCACUUCCAAGGCACCUGCACCUAUCGCCUGGUCCAUUCCUGCGGCCCGGAGCCCGUCCCCGGGGGCGUCUCUUUCAGCGUGGAGGCUUCCAACAGGAACUUCCGCAGCCACCUCGUGUCCUUCUUGUACCGCGUGGAGGUGAGGCUCAGCAGCCCUGGACUGACGGCCCACGUGAUCCUGGAGAGAGGCCAGCAAGUCCAGGUGGACGGGCAGGUGGUGAGCCUCCCAGUGCAGCUGGGUGCCGAGGCCCGCGUGUGGCGGCAGCAGGGCCUGGUGCUCCUGCAGGUGGGCACCGGGCUGCAGGUGCACUUCAACGGCCGCCACACGCUGCUGGUGCGGGUGGGGCCUGAGCACCGGGGCCGCCUGUGCGGCCUCUGCGGCAACUUCAACGGCGACCCCGGCGACGACAAGGUGCUCCCGAGCGGGGCGCCCGCCCGCAGUGACGCGGACUUCGGCAACGCCUGGCAGACCCGGGACAGCCAGCCUGGCUGCCGGCAGGACUUGGGGGACACGCAGCCCUGCCAGGACAGGCCCCGAGUGGAGCAGCUCUGCGGCGUCCUCACGAACCGCUCCGGGCCCUUUGCCGAGUGCCACUGGCACGAGGACCCUGGGUCCUACCUGCACGCCUGCAUCUUCGACCUCUGCCAGUACGGCUCGGGCAACCGUGUGCUGUGCGCCGCCCUGGAGUCCUACGCGCAGCUCUGCGGCCUGCGGGGCGUCCGCCUGCCGGAGUGGCGCACCAGCCUGGGGUGCAGUGUGGCGUGUCCAGCCAACAGCUACUACGACUUCUGCGGGCCGCCAUGCCCGGCCACCUGCGCCAGCCUCAACUCCUCCGCGCCUUGCACCCGCCAGUGCACAGCCGGCUGCUUCUGCCUGGAGGGCUUCGCGCUGGAGGGCGGGGUCUGCGUGCCGCUCGCUCGCUGCGGCUGCCACCUGCAGGGCCGCUACCUCCGUCUGGGCGCUGAGGUGCUGCCCACGGCCACCUGUGACCGGAAGUGCGUGUGCCGGGGGCCCGGGCGCCCGCUCGAGUGCCGCCCUCACGCCUGCCGGCGCCGGGAGCGGUGCCGUCAGCGUCAGGGCGUCUGGGGCUGCCACCCCAUGCGCUACGGGACCCUGUGGCUCUACGGAGACCCCCACCUGCACACCCUCAGUGGCUCCCACCGGCAGCUUCGAGGGCCCGGCCGGGGGGCGCUGGUCAGAACGUGCAGACCGCACCACACCCCUUUCGCCGUCUGGGUGGAGGUGGCACGCCUGGAGCCCUGGGGUGCCUCCUGGGCCCAGCAGGUGGACGUGGACGUGGCCGGAUGGCGGCUGUCGCUGCUGGCGGGACAGUUCGGGGUGGUCCAGGUGAACGGGUCCCAGGCCCACCUGCCCCUGACGCUGGCCGGGGGCAUGAUCCGCGCCUUCUCCACGUCCUCGGCCGUCACCGUGCGGGCGGCCACCGGCCUCUCUGUGGCCUUUCACGAGUCCCGGGCCCUGUGGGUGACGGUGCCUGACACCUACGCAAGCGCCCUCUGCGGCCUGGGCGUGGCCCUCGGCACGGACACAUGGGAGGACCUGGGGGGCCCCAGCGGCUCGCGGCUCCCCGAAGCCCCCAACGUAGCCACAGGCCUAGGUCCCCUGUGCCCGCAGGACAAGGCGGCCCUGUUCUGGGCCUUCUGCGGGCUGCUGGGCGCCCAGGAGGGGCCCUACGCGGCCUGCAGCCGGGACAUGGAUCCUCGGGUCCACGUGGAGAACUGCGUCCACGACCUCUGUGCCACAGGGGGCUCGAGGGACACGCUGUGUGCCGUGCUGGGGAGCUACGCCCAGGAAUGCCAGCGCCGGGGCCUCCCGCUGCAGCCCUGGAGACAUCUCGUGGCCUGCGAGCCGGCCUGCCCGCCCCACAGCCACUACGAGCUCUGCGGCUCCUCCUGCCCCAGCUCCUGCGCGGAGCCCGCCCUGCCCGACAGCUGCCCCACGCCGUGCCAGGAGGGCUGCCAGUGCGACGCCGGCUUCGUGCUCAGCGGCACCGACUGCGUGUCUCCCAGCCAGUGCGGCUGCUCCGCGGGCGGCCGGUACCACCCGGCCGGGGAGGCCUUCUGGGCUGGGGAGCGCUGUGAGCGCUUCUGCCGCUGCGAGGCUUCCAGCCACGCCGUGCAGUGCUCCCCUGCCUCCUGCGGGCCUGGGCAGAGAUGUGGGAACCGCGGGGGCAUCUUCGGGUGCCACCCGCUGUCCCCUGGUGCCUACCAUGCAGCCGGGCACUCGGGCAUCACCACAGCAGAUGGGAGGACCACCCAGUGCCCAGGCACUUCCGGUUUUGCCGCGUCCUGUGCUGCCUCCUGCCCACAGCGCUUUCUCCAAGUGGAACUUGGCAGGAACAGUCCGGGCAGCCCCACUGUGUUUAUUUCAAAGCUGUCUUUCAAGGCUAACGGGACCCACACUUGUCUGCAGACAGAGGUGCUGAGCCCAGGGACCACAGGGAACGGCUGCACGGAAGCCCAGGCGGCCGCAUGCACCUGUCUGCCCAUCUCUCAGCCCCCGUCCUGUCCAAGAAGCGGCGCCUGGGAGCACGGCCGCCACCGCAGCCCCCCAGCCCAGCUCGGCCUCUCUGUCUCCACUUGGGAAGCCAGGGCUGCAGCCCAACCAGAAGCCGUCUCUCGGAGGGGCGUGCCCGCUGUCCCCCAGCCCCGGGCUGGCCCCUCGAGCGCGCCCAGCCUUCACGGAAGGGCAGUCAAACCAUGGAACCCAAAGUAAUAAAGGUGUGACUCAGCGGCCACGCCGCACGGCUGCCUUUGAUGUUGCGCUUGAAUUCCGCAGCUCUGGAAGCCGUGCGAAGCUUGCAAUGUCCGUGAGCUGCAGGGUUGGUUGGUUUCUCUCAUUUGGC